AUGUUUGCCUCGACUGUUGCUGGAUCUCCCCGUGCACGAGUAUCGAACACUUCCGCAAAAGCCAACGUUAAAGCAUUAUCCAGACGUGGCCAGUCCAAAUACCCGUCAGGCAACGAACUCCGCAUGGCCGGCUGUCCCAGGGCUCGCCUGCGCUGGCCUGUCAAAGCUGGACUGUUCGGCUUGCACAUGCUGGUCGUUGUACUGGCUUGUGACGGUGAUGGGCCUCAAGAAGGACGUCGGGAACCAGUUCACGCCAGUGCCCACAUGCACCAACCAGCACCCGACCAUCCGCUAUUGUCCCGUGCCUCUACCUUGACGCGAGCUUCAAGCUGGUCUCCACCAAUUCGCUAUGCUUCGAAGUCACCAGGCCUCAAAGGCCUUGAGAGCCGUGAGCCAAACACGAUCCUUUACCUACCACCCCUCCCGCUGCCCUCAAGGCCUCAGAAAAGAUUCCCUCUGGGCAAAGAAAUCAAGCGACCGCUGCAACGGCCACGUCUUCUGCUCCGUGAGUGCAUUCCCUGGCCAUCAUGUGCCUCUCCGCCGGCAUCGGCUACAUUCUUGCAGAACCAUUUUGAGCUGACCACGACAACUCUCAACAGUCGCGUUCGCGCCGUGCCAAGUCCUGCCUUCAACGCAGCCGAUCAGAGUCAUGUUCAGCCAUUGGCGAACCAGCCCAAAAAUGACAUGGAUGAGUCUCGGAUACCCUGGUGGUGCCAUUCUGCCCGUUUUCGAUGCCAUCUACAACUCAAAACACUUCGAUUUCAUCUUGCCGACACGAGCAAGGUGCUGGUCAUAUGGCUGAGGGCUAUGCUCGUGCUUCUGGCAAGCCUUGUCGUUCUUGUAACCUCCGGGGCCGGUGCCACUAACGUCAUUACCCCCCAGGAGGCCGAUGUUGUUGGCAUUUCUCGUGCCUGUACGAAGUGGAAUGUCAGGUUAAGAACGUUGCCGAGUUCCCGCCGAAUCAAUGAAGCUUUCGAGAUCGCCACAUCUGGCCGCCCCGGUCCCGUUUUUGUCGAUUUGCCCAAAGACGUCACUGCCGAGCUUGUUAACAUUUCCAAGCAGCCGGUCAUUUAUGCAGGCCAGGGUAUCAUCAAGUCCGAGAACGGCCCCGAGCUUUUGAGGGAACUGUCCGAGAAGUGCUCUAUUCCUGUCACUACUACCCUUCACGGUCUAGGUGGCUAUUAUAGGCUUAACGACAUGGCUCUGCAUACGCUGGGCAUGCACGGUUCUGCUUACGCUAAUAUGGCUAUGCAAGAGGCCGACAUGAUUAUUGCCUUGGGUGGUCGCUUUGAUGAUCGGGUUACGGGAAAUAUCGCCAAGUUUGCUCCUGGAGCCAAGGCUGCUGCCGCCCAGAAGCGUGGCGGUAUUGUUCACUUUGAGAUUAUGCCCAAGAAUAUCAAUAAAGUUGUCCAAGCUACCAAGGCUAUCGAAGGUGAUGUGGCCGCUAGCAUAAAGCUUCUUUUGCCUGAGGUCGAGCCUCGAUCUAUGGAGGAUGGCAAGGCCUGGUUUGACAAGAUCAACGAGUGGAAGAAGAAAUGGCCGCUGUCUCACUACGACAGAUCGGAGCGUAAUGGUCUCAUCAAGCCUCAGACCCUUAUUGAGAAGUUGAGCAACUUGGCGGCUGAUCUCAAGCAUAAGACGUACAUUGCUACCGGCGUCGGUCAACAUCAGAUGUGGACUGCUCAGCAGGUCCGGUGGAGACAUCCUCGAACUAUGAUCACCUCAGGAGGUUUGGGAACAAUGGGCUUUGGUUUGCCUGCUGCCAUUGGCGCCAAGGUCGCCCAGCCUGAGGCUCUUGUUAUUGAUAUCGACGGUGACGCCUCCUUUGGCAUGACUCUGACUGGGCUGGCCACUGCCGCGCAGUUCAAUAUUGAUGGCAAGGUUAUCGUCCUGAAUAACGAAGAACAAGGUAUGGUCACUCAGUGGCAGAAUCUCUUCUAUGAGGAUCGCUACGCCCACACUCACCAGGUCGACCCUGCUUUUGUGAAGCUGGCCGAGUCAAUGCACGUUCAGUCUCGCCGUCUGGUUGACCCCGCCGAGACUGUGGAUGCCCUCAAGUGGCUGAUCAACUCUGAAGGCCCUGCUCGUUUGGAAGUUGUCACUGACAAGAAGCUGCCCGUUCUGCCAAUGGUACCUGCUGGCUCUGCCCUACAUGAGUUCCUUGUAUUCGAUGGAGAGAAAGAUAAGGAGCGAGGAGAACUGAUGCGACAGAGAACUUGUGGUUUGCACGGUCAAGCCGCGCUACUCGGGCUGGAUAACGAUUCCAACCCGAAUGGCUGGAACGUUGCGCACAGGCGUCCCAAGUAUAUACCCACAUUUCUUCUUCUCGUGUCUUUUUUAGUUGGAUUAUCGCCAUAUCGACCACUGGCGGAGUUUUCUUCUAGUAAAUUUAACAUGGUCUUUGGCGCACGUGUUGGGGACAUGUUAUCCCCCGAAAAACAACAAAGUCGGUGUGCUACGGUCGCGAAGUUGAGCAACCGCCAGACGAAUUGUUUGAGGUCUUGCUUAAAAUGGCUCCUUGCUCACGCCCGACACCCCGGUGGAACGGAGGAGGCGCCGCGCGGCGAGGGCCGUCCGCGCCUGGGAGGUCGAGGGCUGCAAGUGCCUCUGGGGGGAGAUCAGUGGCCGUCCAUAUGUCGUGGAUGA